CGCCCCCGGCGCAGCCCUCGGCCCGGAGCUCCGCAGGGCCCCGCCGCCCCACGCCGGCCUCGGGCCGGGGAUCUCUGCUCGCUGCUGCUCGUUCUGCUUUCAAAGUUGGUGUUAAAGCGUCAGAGGGAUAUCAAGAUGUCCAGCAGCGUUCCGGCUGACAUGAUAAAUUUGCGCCUCAUCUUGGUAAGCGGAAAAACGAAAGAGUUCUUGUUCUCACCAAAUGACUCUGCUGCAGAUAUUGCAAAACAUGUGUAUGACAACUGGCCGAUGGAUUGGGAAGAGGAACAAGUCAGCAGUCCAAAUAUCUUGCGGCUUAUUUAUCAAGGGAGGUUUCUUCAUGGCAAUGUGACACUAGGAGCAUUAAAACUUCCUUUUGGCAAAACAACAGUGAUGCAUUUGGUGGCUAGAGAGACAUUGCCAGAACCAAAUUCUCAAGGUCAAAGGAACCGUGAAAAAACUGGAGAAAGCAAUUGCUGUGUAAUCCUGUAAACCCUGUUUAGCUUUACCUGCUAAGUGUGAUGUAAUAUAGUCUUUGUCUUUCAUGCUGCUGGAAUAGAAGAGGCCCUACCUUGCUUCAAACACCUGUAGGAAGAGCCUGUCUGUAAAUCCAUGGAACUGAAAUAUUACACGAACACUGUCUCAUUAGUCUUUUUUUUUUUU